ACUGGAUGUCACAUACUCUUUGCAAUGUCGAGUUGUUGGCAUCGACUCAGUUGGACCCAGCAAAUUUCCGUUAUGACGAUUACCGAUCCACGUUUCGUCUGUGCUCUCCUUCUCGUUUUCGUGGCCGCAUUGUCAACUGCAACUCCGCUUCCGCUCUCGCUGCCUCACCUGAAUCAAUCCUCUUCUACGACGGUCCAGUCUUUGCUUGCGGCUCAAAACUCAUCAAAUUCCACGGAAAAUGAUUUGUACGUGAUAAAGGCCGUUGUAUACGAAAUAGGAAUAUUAACCGACGCCGACAAUUCCACGAAUGAUACGACGGAAAGACACGAAGAGGUAAAUCUAUCUUUCUACGAUCCUCCUCACGAAAAUAACGGGCUUUUGGAUCUCAGUGGAAUCCCGUUGCCCCAAGUGGUCGCAUCGACGACCAAUACGGAAGAAUGAUUUGGGAGGAAAAGUUUGAAAAUAGGCUCAUUGAUUAUCAAGUAUACCUUUCGAAGGGUUCGAACUGCAUAAUGUAAAUAACACAUGUACAAAACCAAAUUUCUAAGCUUUUCGCUAUAUUUAAAUAUUAUUAUUAUUAUUAUUAUUAUUAUAUUUAUGUAGGUGUAUACUAAUAUGCGUUACAUACCGCAACAUAUAUACCCAUUUGUAAUGAUGCAUAACUAUUAUAAGUAUCUA